GGCGGGGCGUGGGGCGGUGCGUCAGGGCCCGGCACUGCCCGGCUCCUCCGGCGGAGCUGCUGCUGGCGGCCGGGCGGCGCCCGACCCGGCCCGGAGCGCUGCCAUCCGGUCCCCUCGCUCUGCAGUCUCACAGCUGGAAGGAUGGAGAACUCAUCAGUGGCCUCAGCCUCCUCGGAGGCGGGCAGCAGCCGCUCACAGGAGAUCGAGGAGCUGGAGCGCUUCAUUGACAGCUACGUGCUGGAGUACCAGGUGCAGGGGCUGCUCACUGACAAGACUGAGGGCGAUGGAGAGAGCGAGAAGACACAAUCCAACAUCUCUCAGUGGACGGCAGAUUGUAGCGAGCAGCUUGAUGGCAGCUGCUCCCCAUCCAGAGGGAAGGGCUCCUCAUCCCACCAGCACAAGCAGGAAGAUUGGGAUCACAGCAGCGGUGGGAGCGCAGGAUCGCGGCCGGGGUCAGGCUCCAGGUGUGGCUCUGGAUCAAGGUCUGGGAGGAGCAGCCAGUUCAGGCACACCACCAAGAAUGGCAACAAGGAGGGCUCCCUUGACAUGCUGGGCACCGACAUCUGGGCUGCCAACACCUUCGAUUCCUUCAGUGGUGCGACGUGGGACCUGCAGCCUGAAAAACUAGAUUUCAGCCAGUUCCACAGGAAGCUCCGGAACACCUCCAAACACCCCCUGCCCCACAUCGACAGGGAAGGGCUUGGAAAAGGGAAAUAUGAAGAUGGUGACAGCAUCAAUCUGAAUGACAUUGAGAAGGUCCUCCCAGCAUGGCAGGGUUACCACCCGCUGCCUCACGAAGCUGAAAUUGCACACACCAAAAAGCUGUUCAGAAGGAGGAGAAACGACAGGAGGCGACAGCAGAGGCUUCCUGGUGGGAACAAGUCCCAGCAGCACGCAGACCAUCAACAAGGUGGUACCAAACACAACAGAGACCACCAGAAGCUCUACCAAGGAGGCCAAGCCCCUCAUUCCUCUGGUAGACCAGGCCACCACGGCUACAGCCAGAACCGGCGAUGGCACCACAACCAGAAGCACUCGCCCAACGACAAAGAAACGCACAGGAACACCAAAGAGACUGAGAAUCUGAAAAUCGAGGACACCUCCACCAGCACAGGGCACAGUCCGUUGGAGACACAGCGCAGUCCGGAGGCGGUGGAGAAGCAGUCCCAGCCAUACAGCCCGGAGGUGGAGACCAAGAGGAAGGACGGCAUUCACGAGCGUGUUGGGGAGAGACCCAAGAUCAACUUGCUUCAGUCUUCCAAAGACAGGCUGAGGAGGAGACUAAAAGAAAAGACGCCUUGUCUUUCCCUUUUCACGGACCAGGACGAAGUCACGGUGGAAACCACCCAUCCUGAAAAGAACAAAAUGGACAAAUUAAUUGAAAUCCUUAACAGCAUGCGUAACAACAGCAGUGACGUUGACUCCAAGCUGACCACCUUCAUGGAGGAGGCUCAGAACUCCACCAACUCUGAGGAGAUGCUUGGGGAGAUAGUUAAAACCAUCUACCAGAAAGCAGUGACAGACCGCAGCUUUGCUUCCACGGCCGCCAAGCUCUGUGACAAAAUGGCCCUUUUCAUGGUGGAAGGAACCAAGUUCCGGAGCCUGCUCCUCAACAUGCUGCAGAAGGAUUUCACCAUGCGGGAGGAGCUGCAGCAGCGGGACGUGGAGCGCUGGCUGGGUUUCAUCACCUUCCUCUGCGAGGUCUUUGGCACCAUGAGGAGCAGCACCGGGGAGCCCUUCCGAGUCCUUGUGUGCCCCAUCUACACCUGCCUCAGGGAGUUGUUACAAUCUCAGGAUGUGAAGGAGGACGCCGUGCUGUGCUGCUCCAUGGAGCUGCAGAGCACCGGCCGGCUGCUGGAGGAGCAGCUGCCUGAGAUGAUGACGGAGCUGCUGGCUGCAGCCCGCGACAAGAUGCUGUGCCCCUCUGAGUCCAUGCUGACGCGGUCCCUCCUGCUGGAGGUCAUCGAGCUGCACGCCAACAACUGGAACCCGCUGACGCCCACCAUCACGCAGUACUACAACAAGACAAUCCAAAAACUGACAGCCUGAGGGGCAGGACAGGGUGGGGUGGGAAGGGGCGAGGAGAAGACGUGCACCUUAGCGGGAUUCCAGUUGAUGUACCCAAGCAGACAAACCCCAGCAUGCUCGAGAAUUAUGUUCGUGGGGUGGGGAGGGAGAAGCAUGUUUCUUUCAGCCUCGUCGCCAAGUGCCACCCCUCCUCCCUGCUGUGUUUUUGUUGUAGGGUUUCUUUUCUGAAAUUGGCGUGUCCCGCCGGGUUAUUGUUUGGCUUUAGAAAGACGACGGCGAGUCAGAAGAGCGAGCCCAAUGGGGCCAGGAUUGUUUUCACACCGUCCCCCCGCCCUGCCCUGUCCAACUGGCAGCAGACAGCACACAGCAGAUGUCCGGGGAGGACAAAGCGUGGCACACACUACACAGACGCUCAUCAUUGACGGCUUUUGUCCAGCGGAGCUCUCGUUAUAUUCUUUUAUUUUUAACACCCUCCUCUUCUCUUCAACUUUCUGCCCCCACCUCCGCUCCGUCUCCUCCUGGAUGUUGACGGGCUCAUAGGAUGGCUUUCUGAUUUGCACUGGGUUUUAUUUUUUAUUUUUUCUUGAAUUUUUAUUCUAUUUUAUUUUAUUAUCAUCAAACGGACAAUUGAGAUCCACGCGGAGAUGGGGCAGCAACGCUUACCCUCUGGCUCAAAAAUGGUUUCAUGAAGAUGCUGAAGCAGGAGAAGGGUUUUACAAGAGCCCGAAAACCACUGUAGGGGCAACAUAGCCACAGUUUUCUUGCUAGAAAGCUCACAGAUUUACCCAAAAAUACGUGACCUGAGCUAGGAGCUCUGUGAAACAUGGGGUGCUGCUAUGCUGCAGCAUCUCCCAUCUACUUAACGAUAGCCCAUUUAUUUUUUGUAUAUUUUUUUGUUGUUGUUGUUGUUUCUGUUGAAAGAGUGCUUUAUUGUAAUUACUGUCAUCAUUGUAAUUAUACAUUUAAGGGCAGGCCUGUUAUAGUCAGGCCUAUUCAUGUACAGGGCAUGGGAGAAAUGAAGACUUGGUGUUCUUGGGAAACCAGCAGAGAGAAGGCAAAAAGCGUAUGGCAAAAAAAAGAAAAAAGUGGGGAGAAAAAAGAAGAGGAAAACAAUGAAAAGCCAAAAAUACAGAUUUCCUGCUGCUUUCUCACUGGCUGCAUUUCCUGCCUGGUUUGCAGGCUGUGGUUGGGUGGACUUGGAGGUCCCUUCCAACCCAACUGUUCCAUGGUUCUGUGAUCUUUAAGGUCCCUUCCAACCCAACCAUUCCAUGGUUCUGUGAUCUUCGGGAGUCCCUUCCAACCCAACCAUUGCAUGGUUCUUUGGGGAGCUGGAAGAGCAGAGACUUUCAACAUGAAGGUGUUGAGGAAGUGAGAGUCUUGGUUAGACGGUUCAGAGCAAUGGGAGCCCUUCAUUUGGUUGCUUGUUGGUGUGUCUCCAAAUGCACACCUAGAGAAUGAGAGUGGAACUGGGGAGAAGAGCUUCAGUGGUCCUAAAUGCUGAGGAAGCAGAGAGAUGUUUGCAUGUAUGGAAGGACCAGUGCCUGGAUCUGAGCUGGCACCUCACACCGCAGCAUCACUUGGACCCUGCUCUCUGACCAGAGCAAAAGAAGGAAAAAAAAAGAAAAAAGAAGAAAAAAAAAUUAAAAAGAAAGACAAUAAGAAAAAGAAGAAAAAGAAGGAAAAAAAAAAAAAGAAAAAAGAAAAAAAAAUGGAGAAAAUCCCAGGGGAGUUUUGCCCUUCAGCACUGGGAUUUCUCCCAUCAAAGAACUUCUGUGUGAAAUCCAUUCGUUUUAAUGUCCGUGUUCAUCCCGCCAUGGACCGCUCGGUCUCUCAGUACAUCCGUCGCUCCGUUGAUGCGUGAGAAUCAAUAGGAGUUGACCAAAAACGUGUUAUUUUUUCUCCCAUAAUUACGUUCUGCUGCUGGUCUCCCUCAUUAUGGGGAUAAAGCGUGGACAGCAUUGUAUUUUGGGUGCAGAAUACCCUAUUUUGGCCAAAAGUGGGGCUGGCACCACAGUGAUGCCCCAAAUCUGGAGCCCCCAUCAUCCUCCUUCCCAUUGCCAAACAACUGCCAGAGAUGAGGUGUUGGUGCCCACAACCAACUUGGAUUCCUCACUUGGGUGAGAGAUUUCACCCCCAUUUGGAGAACCCUUUGUCUGCAUGCAGGUGGAAUGAAAACGGGGGAAACAGGCAAAGUGAGUGAUUUGCCUGGUUCCCCUCAUCCCUCAAAGGGGGCUGAUCAGUAUCUGUUCUUGGCACAAUUGACGGCUUCGGAGGCAAGCUAGACAGAACUUUAAGAUUUAUUCUCCUUCUUGUUUUUAUAACAUCCCUCUCUUGGAAAUCCCUCAAAACCUGAAAUAACGUCUUUUUUUUUGUUUUUUGUUGGUUUUUUUUUGUUUGUUUGUUUAAUUUCCCUGCUGGGUAUUUGAUGGCUUUACACUAAUUUUGCUCUUCUUGGUGUGAGCUGUUCACCCAACCCAGCGACACUUACAGUGUUUUUCAGGAGAACAAACAUGAAGGGCCAUGUCCAUUUGCCAAGGGAGCAGCAACGAACGUGCUGCAGAAGUUCACGCUACCAAUUCUUUUUUUUUUUUUUUUUUUGUUAAUGUAUUUAUUUGCAUUUGAAGAGACGCCAUUUUUAAUUUAAUCAUGCUUUAAAAAAAAAAUUAAAAAUGGAAAAAAAAAACAAAACAAAAAGAACAAAAAAAGCAAAAACAAGGAGAAAGGAUUUGGGGAACAUAAAGACUAAAUAUUCAUCCUAGAGAAAACAGAAACUCAUCGUUAUCAGCAUUUCAGAGACAAGGGAGCUGACAACUCUUUGUGGCAAUGCAGUCUUCUUGAUAGAACAUCAGACCCACUGUAUGCUAUAGAACACGUCAUCCGAGUAAUAAAUGUGUAAAGCUUGACGUUUCCCCAUCGUUUUGUUGGGACGUGCCAUCAGUUUUUUGGUGUUGAGCUUCAAACAUAGGAUAGAGGGGGGAAGAAAGGAAAUCACAGUGUCUGGUGUGAAACAUUGCUCCAUCCAUCCUACAGCUUGUGUUGGAAAUAGGGCGCUCAAUGCUGCUCGGUGGUGCCCCUUCCCAGUAGGUUUUGGCCAUGGGGAUAGGGCGGGGGAACCCCGCAGCGCAUCGCGACCCAACGCACCGCUCUGCCUGUUACUCAAUAUAUAUAUAAUAAAGAAAUAAAGCUGUGGUUUUUCCAAGAA